GGGGCCUCAACUCUUACAAUUUCCCAGUUACAUCUCUCCUUUCCGCUGCUAACGUUUGAUAUCGUUCCUUCCCAAUCAACAGACGAUAUACUUACAGUCUCUUUUUAUUUUUCAAACACAGGUUGGAAAUUUCUACAACAAGCCCACUUAUCAGGCAUGUGCGUCAACAAAAGUCGAUAUUGCGCCUAGCAAAAUCUCAUGCUAACUGUGGUAAAACGCAGAUAAAAUCCGGCCAACAUGUCAGCGCAUGUCUUGCCACAAUUUUCGCUGGAGGGCAGAACAGCGGUUGUCUCCGGCGGUGCUAACGGCCUCGGACUGGCCAUUGUGGAAGCUUUGGCUGAGGCUGGAGCAAAUGUGGCCAUACUCUUCAAGAGCAGCCCAGCAGCCCAUGAGGCUGCCAAGAAGGUCGCUGUUGAGUACAAUGUGAAGUGCAACGCUUUUCAAGUGGAUGUCACCCAACCAGAGCUAGUUGAGUCGAUUAUCAAUCGAAUUGUAAAAGAGUUCAACGGCCGUUUAGAUUGCUUCAUCGCAAAUACCGGCACUGCUUGGAUGGAGACGUCAGUUCUAGACAGCAGCAUUGAGCAUUACCGCCAUGUAAUGGCCACGAAUCUGGACAGCGUCUAUUUCUGUGCGAAAGCUGCUGGAGCACACUGGCGCCGACAAGCCGAGGAACAAACGACGAUUACCGGCGAGAAGUUGGAGGGGUUUGAGAGAGGUUCUUUCGUGGCGACUAGCAGCAUGAGCGGCCACAUCGUCAAUUUCCCUCACAUUCAAACUGCAUACAACGCCUCCAAGGCUGGUGUAACCCACAUGUGCAAAUCUCUUGCAGUCGAGUGGGCCGAUUUUGCACGGGUAAACGUCGUCUCUCCAGGCUUUAUCGAAAGUGGUCUCACGGCUGCAGUGUCUGAAGAUAUUAAAGAUAGCCUGAGAGCAAAGACCCCCCUCAAGCGUGUUGGAACCUUGAAGGAGCUGAAGGGGGUUUAUCUGUUCCUAGCCUCCGACGCCUCAAAUUUUUCGACCGGUACAGAUGUAGUGGUUGAUGGUGGUUAUCGCCUCUGGUAGAAAAUAGAUAGACAGAGAGAGGUCCUCUUAGCAAAGUCGAAUUGGAUUACUUGAUAUCAACCAGAAUGCCCCUACUGGCUAGCAUUGAAUGGAGACAAAUUAUUAGUGCAAAGUUUACGGAUAUGGUGGCUUCAUCUCUUUUGGCACAAUUACGCCAAAAGGGUCUGCUGGCGAAAGAGAAGCAAUUUAGUUUAAAGGUUUUUGAUCUCAGCUGAGAGGGUAUGGUCAUGUCGAGUAAGCUUUAGGGACGGCUACUUCAUAUCA